UACGGCCGGUUAGAAUUCAGAAUUCGGUAUUCGGCGAGAGCAAAGCUUUAGCUUCCUCAGCCAUUUUCAGUUUUCCUUCGGAACUGUGUGUCAUCCGAGGGGAAAAGAAGACGUAGUGAAAGAUGACGAAGAAGGAGAGGAAGGUGAACACGUCGGGGAAGCCGAAGCACUCCCUGGACACCAAUCGGAGCAAUGGAGCCAGCAGCAGCACCAACUCGCGAAGUGCGGCCACCGUCCGCCGACUCAAGAUGUACAAAACAAGGCCGAAGCGUGACAGCAAGGGAAAAGUUCUGAAGCACGAUCUCCAAUCGCAAGAACUCCCCAACACUCGUAUUCAGCCGGACCGGCGCUGGUUUGGGAACACGCGUGUUGUGGAUCAGAAAGAGCUAGAAUUUUUCAGGGAAGAGCUGCAGAGUCGUAUGUCAAGUAACUACAAUGUUAUUUUGAGAGGGAAGAAGUUGCCCUUUUCUCUUCUGAAUGAUCACCAGAAGCAAGCUAGAGUUCAUCUUCUUGAUACCGAGCCUUUUGGCGAUGCAUUCGGACCUAAGAAGAAAAGGAAACGCCCAAGACUUUUGGCUGGAGAUUACGAGUCUUUGGCCAAGAAAGCUGAUGAAUCUCAGGAUGCUUUCGAGGAGAAGUAUGGGAGUAGUGCUACUGCAGAAGGGGGCGACGAGGAUGGGUUUAGAGACCUUGUUCGCCACAAUAUGUUUGAAAAGGGCCAAAGUAAGCGUAUUUGGGGUGAGCUAUACAAGGUUAUAGACUCAUCUGAUGUUGUUGUACAAGUUUUGGAUGCAAGGGACCCCCAAGGUACAAGAUGUUAUCAUUUAGAACGACACCUGAAAGAGCACUGUACACACAAACACAUGGUGUUUCUGCUAAAUAAGUGUGAUCUAGUCCCUGCUUGGGCAACAAAAGGAUGGCUCAGGCUGUUAUCCAAAGAGUAUCCAACUCUAGCAUUCCAUGCAAGCAUCAAUAAGUCAUUUGGCAAGGGCUCUCUUCUGUCAGUACUGAGACAGUUUGCUCGGUUAAAAAGUGACAAGCAAGCAAUAUCAGUUGGAUUUGUUGGCUAUCCCAACGUUGGCAAGUCUUCUGUCAUCAACACACUUCGAACAAAGAAUGUCUGCAAAGUUGCUCCCAUACCAGGGGAGACUAAAGUGUGGCAGUACAUAACACUUACCAAGAGAAUUUUCUUGAUUGAUUGUCCUGGAGUUGUCUAUGAGAGCAAAGAUUCUGAAACAGAUAUUGUACUGAAGGGUGUGGUCCGUGUCACAAAUUUGGAAGAUGCUACAGAACACAUAGGAGAAGUUCUGAAACGUGUGAAAAAGGAACAUUUGAAACGUGCUUAUAAGAUAGAAGACUGGGUCGAUGACAAUGACUUUCUGGUUCAGCUGUGCAAAUCUACUGGCAAACUUUUGAAGGGAGGUGAGCCAGACUUGACGACUGCAGCAAAGAUGAUACUUCAUGACUGGCAAAGGGGUAAAAUUCCCUUCUUUGUCCCUCCUCCAAAACAAGAAGAAGCUAGCAAGGCAUCAUCAGGGGAACCUACUGUCAAUGGUAUCGACGAGGAGGCUAUUGGGGACAAGAACAGGGCAUCUGCAGCUUUCAAAGCAAUUGCAAACGUCAUUUCGACCCAGCAACAGCGAAGUGUGCCAGUACAAAGGGAUCUGUUUAGCGAGAAUGAGUUGAAGGGUGACAAGCCCGGGCAGCAGUCAGGGGAGUCCAACGAUAUAGGUGAUGAUCAACCUGACACAGAUGCAGAAGAAGAUGACGAUCAACAAGACUCUGAAGCAGAAGAUGAUGAUGAUCAACAAGACACUGAAGAAGAGUCGGAUGAUUGAGUUACCUUUUUGAUUCAAAACACCCAUGCUCCUUCUGCCUUGUUCUCUAUUUUUGGUCUCUGGAAAGUACAAACACCCUCGUGCUUUAAAGUUCUGUUCCCUUCAUGGCAGCAUCUUCUCUGUGUCGUUUCAAUUUUAUCUGAUGUCCACAAAUGGACUCAUGGCAGCAUCUUGAGUUGAGAGUUGUAAUGUAAGUUAAAAACAUGUACAAAAGCAGUGAGGGAUAUAUCAAACGAAUAAUUACUAUUCACUGCUCCUGUCUUGUCACCUUGUGAGGAAAAGAAGUCGACGUGAAUGCAGCAACAAUGGAUACGGAGAAGAGCUCAUCAAAUUUCCUCAUAGAUGGAGAGUUGCCCCCGGCUCCAUAUGCACAUUUCUUACGAAAGUUCUGUAUUUGACAUAUUUCAAGAAUUUGGAUUCUGGAUCUAUUUUGAGAGAAAAGUGUCAUUUUCAUUUAGUCUGUGUUAAUAGGCCAUACCAUCCCACUAAUCAUGGAAAACGAUCGGUGCUGGUAGUUUCUUUCCCUCGCAAAAGCGCUUUCAAUUAUCGACCUGCCUGCCACUACGGGUGUCUUACCUAGUCAUCAAUCACCAUUACAUUUCUCGGCAAAAUGGACCCCAUGAGAAGGAAAAUGGAGAAAAAACAAAGAAAGCUACCGUCAGAAUUGAACAACAAAAUGAAGCCCAGCAGAGACCGGAGAUCCUUCUUUCAUGUGCCUCGUCAAAAUCAUGUCACCCGCCGUGUUUCGUGGCGUCCGUAGAAACUAGAAAGGCGGCUGCUUUACAAAUACCCAGAGAAAGAAGAAUGGAGAAGGACUGGUAAAUCUUUCCUUAAAAGUUUACUUCAUCACUUCAUCCUGGGACCAGAAGAGUAUGCGAAGGUGCCCAUGGUUGAUGCUGUGAGUCUGAACUGGAUCUUUCUCUUCAAUGCGACUAGUUCUGUAGUUUAGCCCGACUGUCCCGUUCGUCUGUGAAGAUGUGAGGAGAAUGAUUUUUCUGGGUAGAGGGAAGAAAAGCGGUCAGACAGCAAAGGUGGAAGCUUUUGGUUGAUAAGGAAAGAUUUCUGGUCUGUGGAUACCACCCUAUUCCACAUUCUCCUUUCCCCAAGUUGGGUUCCAUUUAAAGUAUUCAUUCAUAGGGGGUAUCGCCAUUCCACAGUGAACAAAAAUAGAAAGAAAGUUAGCUCGCUUUCAGAGGAUUCUCCGGUCUUGUGUAUAUCAUCGCCGAGUGGGGAUGCACAAGAAAUCUCAGAUAGACAGAUUAGUAGUAGUACUGUAAAUGCUGGUUUCUUUUUCGUCAUCGAGAUUUGCGGGUUCUGGUUUUCAGCCAAGCUGGAGGAUUCGGAAGAAGAAGUUGAGAUAUUGAAGGAAAGAAGGUUAUUUGCGAGGGUCAGAUUGUUGCUCUGCGGUGGUGGUGGUGGUGGUCGUCAUGGCAGAAGAAAACCAGCAGGGGACCUUGGAGAAUACAAAAGAAAUGCGCUCAUUAGCUUUGACUCCCACAUGGUCAGUUGCAACCGUGUUAACAAUCUUUGUGGUUGUCUCCUUGAUCGUGGAACGGUUAAUCAAUCGCCUGAGUAAUG